UUUGGUUUUUAUAUGGUUCAGGUUGUUGGCCAUUUAGCUACACUACGCGUAAUCUGAUUGGAGAAAUGUCAACUUUGAACCUAACUUUGGGAUUUUAACCUUUCAUCAUUCUUCGUGGACGUAAAACAAAUUAAAAAUGGAUGGCGAAGACGGCGAUUUUGACAUUUCGUCUGAUAGUGAGCCAGAAGCUCAGGAAGAUAUUAGGAUGAACGUGGAUGAUUGGAGGAUGAACAUCCGGGGAGUUGAAGAUCAUGAGAAAGUGAAGAAGAGGCCGGUAAAAUUCAACUUUGACCCCUCACUUCCAACAGCUCAUUCUUAUUUGGGCAAUGAUUUGGAGGAAUACAGUGGUCGUACUAUCCAUGAUGAUGAAAGUUACGUCAGUCUCCCUCUUAUGCCAAUCACUAAUGUAGUUCUCAUCCCAGGCCAGACGAUCCCGCUACAACUCAUAGAGCCGAGAGCAAUCUCCAUGAUGAGGCAUGUUCUCCAGAAGGAUCGAACAUUUGGCGUUGUUAGCUUUGGACGUGAUUUGGAGCAUGGUGUAUCAUCAGUAGGCACGACAGCUGAAAUUUACAGUGUUAAAGAAAUUAAUGAAGGCGGAUUAGAAAGUAUGAAGAUUAAAGCAAUGGGAAGGCAGAGAUUCAAGAUAAUGGAUAUCACAAGACAAGCAGAUGGAAACAUGGUGGGCAAAGUGCAAAUUCUUCCAGACAAGGAUAUUGUAGAUCCUCUCCAUGGAGCGAGGUUUAAUUCUUACUACCAAAAGAGAGCGCUUUCACCAGUUGAAGAAUCAAUGAAUAUUUUGAAUCCAAAGAGACGAAGGAACAAAUUGUUAGAAGCUCACUUGACAUGGUGGCCUCCAUGGGUGUAUCAAAUGUAUGAUCCUGAGUACUUAAUGGCAUUGAUUAAGGAAGAGUUGAGAAGCUGGUAUGAGGGCUCAAUUAAACUUAACACAAUCCCACAAAACCCAUCAGAUUUUUCUUUCUGGGUUGCAAGCAUUAUUCCAAUAGAUGACAGUCAACGACUUUCAUUAUUGAAGGUGAACUCAUCCGUGCAAAGAAUGAGAUGUGAGCUAGAUUUAUUAAAGAAGUGUACCGUAUUAUGUUGUAAAGGAUGUGGCCUUCAGAUUGCCAACAAAAAUGAUGUCUUCUGCAUGUCUUUAGAUGGCCCCAUGGCAGCCUAUGUCAAUCCCGGUGGAUACAUCCAUGAAACAUUGACUCUCUACCGUGCACAAAACCUCAAUUUGAUUGGUCGGCCAUCAACAGAAAACAGCUGGUUUCCUGGGUAUGCAUGGACAAUCAUUCAGUGUCGCCACUGUUCAGGUCACAUGGGGUGGAAGUUCAAAGCAACAAAACGCAAGCUAAGACCCGAGAAAUUUUGGGGUCUGACACGAUCUGCUUUGAUGCCAAGCAUGAGCCAAGAAGGAGGGGAGACAACGUCAUGGCAACCUGUCUUAUGAGGAAAAAUCUCUUCCUGGAUUUCUGAUGAAGGCACAACAAAUACAGGAAAAGAACACUAUUGCUGCUCACCAUUAAUUUCAAUAUCAACGUCGACUUUUCCCAAAUGAGGCAUUGAUUCCCCACUAGCCGUUAAAAUUUCAAGUGAGUUUGGUUGCAAUUUUGAUUUAAAUGUGUGUCCACAACAUUAACAGUUGUAAUUUAGGAGGCGUGUCAAAGGGCGAUUCGUCAAUUUCAUUAAAGUUUUACCACAGUAGUGUUUGUAGAGCCAAAUAGUGAAUGUCUCUGUGUUGGUCUGACGAUGCCUAGUAUUCCAGUCCGGAAGCUAACACAAUGAUAUGCACAUAGACGGUAGCGUAUCAUUUCUACAUGCAGUUUAAUAUUCAGAAAUGUAGUAAAAGAUGUAGAGCAGCCCAAGUCCCACUAGCAGCUAUUACACUAAAAGUACAUGAAAAUAUAUGAAUACAACCCAAGUCCCACUUGGAUAGAUUUACACUUUCUUAGGUGUCCAAGUAGAAACUUCCCAUUAUUGUUAUCUAUGUUCCAACCACAUGCCUUCCAUUCCUAUACAAAUUCUUCUCAUUAUCUUCUUAUCAAACUAGUACCUCACUUCCCUUGUUGUCCCAACGAUUGACAUGUAAAGAUAAAUAAUAAAUAACAAGUUCCAAAAACAGGGCCUACCACUGAAAUCUGAAUCAAUGGAAUGAUUGCUAUCAAAAUAUAUGGAAGAAAGCAAGGCUGUCCAAUUGUAAAACAACAUAUAAAAUAGGGCAAUGCCAUUGACAUGCAUACAUGGCUAAUGAUUGAAAUAGCAAAUUCAUGCAUAAAUCUGACCAAAUCAUGGAAUAAACCCCAUGCUACAUCACAAUUACGCUGCCUACUCUUGUGGCAGGGGUUUACCGUUUUAGAAAUUUGGGGGAAAAUUGAUAUGUCCUGAUUACAUUGAUAACAUACUUUUUUAGGGUUAGUGAACCUCAAGGGGCCAGCAAGGCCAGCACUUUGUAUUUGCAUGGCGGCGAUUGAGUGUCAAAUUUCAGUGAGGUCCACCCAUAGAAUGGUGCAGGCCGCACACUUUGUGCCUGGUUUCUUGGGAGUGGUUGGUCAAUAAUCUGUUCUUUUUUAAAAAUGCGAACGUUGCCAAAAAGUGGGCAAAAAAGUGCCCAACAUUGGCUGGUAGCAGGUAUUCCAUAUUGUUAUGUAAUUGGGUGUGUGUAUUGUUGUUCUUGUUGGGUAGAUUUUGCUCACUCAAGUUUUUUCCUGUUUCUGUACUUCUUUACACCCUGGUGAUACUAAAGUUUAACUCGGAGACAGUAUAUUGUUUCUUGUACUAUAUGUGUACUUUAUUCACUAGUGACUACAUAUACAAUAUUUACAAGUUGGUUGAUUUGGCGUUGCCUUAAGGCAUCAGAAGGAGGUCUCUUUACGAUAACUAUGCUUGCCUCCUAAAGAUACCACUUUGGGUGUGGUGGUCAUUCUUAUUGGUUGAGGGAUGUCAUGUUACCCUAAUCACUUGACCAUCACUUUUGGGAGUUUCUAUUGGUCAAAUAAUAUCCAGGCUUCCAAAACUUUGGGAGGUAAAACUGAUACUUAAUUGAUGGUUCUGUUUACAAAAUUGGUUUUAUAAAUAGGUGAGAAUUGUCAUUUGAUGAAGAUCCAGCUAUUAGUCUUAAUUAUAUAACUCUUCAAAACUGAUCACAUCAAAGAAGCCUUGGGUCCCUUUAUUUUGGUUUGCACAUGAUGGCCGCCCUUUUCUGAAUGACCAAGGCGGUGCAGACAUUCGGCCAUUUCUUGAAAAACAGCCUUCUUAUUGCCAGAACUUGAUUACUUGAUUAUUGAGCACUUGACUUGACGCUUUUAGCCAUUUCUAAUAUUUCAUUAUUGGUAGGUUGGCGAUUCCACGGAGGACUGUAAGCAACAGAGACCAUAUUAUUUAUUGUUCCUCGUAUUAUUCUAUGUCGUAGCUCAACCGGUAUUGUUCCAGAUUUAGCCGCAAAGUCGACAUUUGUAUCUUGGUAUAUAGUAUAUUCCGGUGACUUCGCGUGAGACAACUAAGGUCUCUUCACUGACGGAGGUUCCACUGACGAUGUUGAAGAUUGCUCAAACUCCUUGUCGGGACAUGUCUUCACUGCACUGGUUGUACCAAGCAUAGAAGAGGUUGUUGCCUUUUCUUCAUUGGUUUCCUAAAGAAAAUAAGAUCUAAAAAUAUUAUUCUGUUACUAUACUAAAUAAUUUAAAUGAUUAAUUUAAUAAUUUACAUCAUUUAUAGAUUUGACCCAAUAAAUAGAUAAAGGGAAUAUAUAUCACCUCAUUAACAAUUUUCAUUUAAGGCCAUGUUUUCAGCCUGUUGGUUAUUCCACUCUUAUUUUACUGCAAUAAUAUACAGAAUACAUGGCAGCCAAAGCAGACAAAAUUAGUGAAUGUAAUAAAACAUUACUUACUGCAGAU